UUAUUAUUAUAUUCUAUCCAUACAGCACUGGUGGUUCUCCGCAGCAGUUUCUUGUUAAAAUCCCUAUCAUGUUGCACAAGUUUUCAGAGAAGGUCACUAUGGAUAGUCCGACCUUCUUUUCACGUUGGAAGCAGCUGGCAAAUCCUGCCCAAGAAAGUCAAAAAAUAUUCACUGCCACACAACCGAUGGACAAAGAAACAGCCUCUACUAAACUGACUGGAUUUGGUUUCUCAGUGCUAGAGGGAAUUGAUCCUAAUCCUGAUAAUUUUGUGAGUGCCUGUAUUGUGAAGACGAAGAAGGUUUUGGUCGGUUGCUUGCUACGUCUUGAGCCAAACCAUCAGACAAAACAAUAUCGCCUGACCUUGAGGACCAGUCAUGAGUCGGUGUCAAGGAAUUUCAAUGAAUUGAUUUCUGAGCUAUUCUAGGAUGAUAUUAUUAUUUAUAAACUGCUUCCAUUAUUAAAACACAUUCUCCCUCUCUCUCAGUCUCUAAUCUCCUCCUC